AUGUUCCGGACCGCGGACCGUCGUAGGAGGUUCCGGACCGUGGUCCGUCGUAGGUGGUUCCGGAUCGUGGACCGUCGUAGGAGGUUCCGGACCAUGGUCCGUCGUAGGUGGUUCCGGAUCGUGGACCGCCGUAGGAGGUUCCGGACCGUAGACCGUCGCAGGAGUUUCCGGACCAAGAAGCUGAUGAAGCAGUUUUUGGUGCUCCAGAGACAAGGCCUCCAGAGUCAUGUCCCUCACCACACCACCGUGGAGGACAUGAGCAACUGGCUUAUUAAGAACAAGUCCCUGGAGCGAAAGGAAGCAGAGGAAGGGAAUGACAUAAGUCACCUGACCUGGGAGGUGAACACUCAACUCAGAAUGAGGGACGUUGAACAUGAGGCUUUUACUGAGUUGGCCACCGACCUUAGUCAGGCCAUUAACUCACUUGACUUUACUGCUGAUCUCUCCUACCUAAACCCUGAGGUCUGCGAUGAAGUUGUAAGAGCUCUAAAGAGCAUUUCCCAGAGCCUGGCCUUCCAGCCGUACUCCGAGCUGUGCUGUCCCUCUAAGGUGGUGGUGGACAUCGUGUCCAGGCUGCUCCAGGCCCUCUGGUCCUGCCAGAUGGAGAGCCCCUGUGACCAGUCCUCCAUGGCCCUGAGUGACAUGAGUGUCACCAUAGUGCUGGCAGUAGUGGAGAACCUCUCUAGAGUUCUGAAGGCUCCUCCUGUCGCUCAAGUCUUCUACUCCCGUUCCACUGGUGUCAGGAUGGUCCACUCACUCAACCGUAAGAUCCAGUGCCUAAACAGCCCUGAGGACCUUAGGAGAGCUCUUUUCACCCAAAGUUCCACCUUGAUCAGCACCAUCAUUGAAGCUGUGAGCACCAAAGUCCAGAGGCUGUUUGAAGCUCCUGCUGACUACAUUCCAUUAAGCUCUAUCCGCAGCUGGCUAUCAGAGCCCAAGGCGAGCGAGGUUCGUCCAAAGUGCCCUGACCAGCUGGUAAUCUCCUCGGAGCUCCUGAGGAACAUCAUUGGUAUGAUAGUUUAUGUAGUCUUCGAAGGCCACCUAGAGGAAGACAUCAACCUUCAUUACUGGCCCCUCAUAAACGACAUAAUCCACCAGCUGUCACUGUGUGGGGUCAAAGUCACAAAGAAAGGGGGCAAGGCCAACUGGCACAUUGGCUGGUACCAGAUCCUUGAGAUGGUGACAAACAUCCAUACUCAUCUUCACCACUAUACUGGCACAGAGCUGGUACUAAAGUUUGCAACAUCUGCCAGGGCCACCAUGCUAACGAGGCACAUGGUUCACCAUGUGGUCGAGGAGCUGGUAAAGCUGAAGGACGUGGAUGAAGGGACACUAGCUUCAGGGAGCAGUGAGUCUGUCACAGCACCCCUAAUCACUAACCCCGUCAAAGUGGACAACAUCACAACAACCAUGACCACGACUCCAGUUGACCUCCAGUCAGGCUUUGCCCUUCUAUCCUUCCCCCCAACACCAGGCUUUGCCCCUCUAUCCUGCCCCCCACCACCAGGAUUUUCCCAGGCAUCAUGCCCCCCAACACCAGGCCUUGCCCCUCUAUCAUGCCCCCCACCACCAGGGUUUGCCCAUCUAUCCUGCCCCCCACCACCAGGCUUUGCCCAGGCAUCCUGCCCCCCACAAUCAGCCUUUAUCCCGGCGUCAUGCCCCCCACCACCAGGCUUUCCCCCGGCCUCUUGCCACCCACCACUCACUAUCGCAGAUCAUAUCUGCACUCUAAUUCAGAGCAUCACUGCCAGAUCCAACAACAUCGUCAACAAGGAGCUGGAGAAGUGUAUCGACUCUUAUAGUAAGAGCAUCUGGGCUGACACUUUCUACUGCGAGUACAUGAAGAUGUACCCAUCACCCCAGGGGAUUGAAGCCUUCUCAUUUGAUGAGGAGAGAUUUUUAGUGGUGGCCAACAUAAUCGGCAGAAUAUUGCUGAACAAUCUCCAGCUAGAGAUGCUCCUCUCAGUGGAAGACUUUAAUGUGGAUGAAGUAGGGAGCAGUGGGUCUGUGGACUUGAACCUGGCGAUCCCAGAGACCGCUAACCCUGUCAAAGUGGUAGACAUCACAACACCCCUGACCACUAAUCCAGUCAACCUUGAGGUUUUGGAUGAAACACUUGUCCUUCAGUCAGGCUUUUCCCCGGCACACUGCACCCCGCCACCUGAAUUUGCCCCAACACCCUGCACUCCACCCCCAGGCUUUGCCCUGACAACCUACACCUCGUCGCCAAGCUUUGUCGCUAAUGCCAUGCAGGGCUUUGGCACCAAAGUCAUCCUGAAACAAAUGGUCCUGCUAUUCUUGGAGAGGCUCCCUCCUUCGUCAGAGGACCUUGAGUCAGAGUUCCUGACUAUCACCGAUCGUAUCUGCACGCUGUUUCAAAGCAUCACUGCCAGAUUCCGCAACAUCGUUAAUGAGGAGCUGGAGAAGUGUACCGACUCUGACAGUAAGAAGUACUGGGCUUACACCUUCUACUGGGAGUAUAUGAAGAGGUACCCAUCAUCCCAGUGUCUGGGGAUUGAAGCCUUCACAUGUGAUGAGGAGAGAUGUUUAGUGGUGGCCAAAGUGUUUGCAAAGAAGAUGUGCCCCAAGAUGCUCCCCUCAGCAGCAGACUUCGACGAGGCUGAAGAUUCAGGGAGCAAUGGAUCUGUGGACUUGAACCUGGCGAUCCCAGAGACCGCUAACCCUGUCAAAGUGGUAGACAUCACAACACCCCUGACCACUAAUCCAGUCAACCUUGAGGUUUUGGAUGAAACACUUGUCCUUCAGUCAGGCUUUUCCACGGCACACUGCACCCCACCACCAGGCUUUUCCCCGGCACCCUGCACCCCACCAACAGAAUUUUCCCCAGCACUCUGCAUUCCACCCCCAGGCUUUGCCCUGGCAACCUGCACCUCGUCGCCAAGCUUUGCCGCUAAUGCAAUGCAGGGCUUUGGCAGGAAAGUCAUCCUGAAACAAAUGGUCCUUCUAUUCUUGGAGAGGCUCCCUCCUGCGUCAGAGGACCUUGAGUCAGAGUUCCUGACUAUCACUGAUCGUAUCUGCACGCUGUUUCAAAGCAUCACUGCCAGAUUCCGCAACAUCGUUAAUGAGGAGCUGGAGAAGUGUACCGACUCGGACAGUAUGCAGUACUGGGCUUACACCUUCUACUGGGAGUAUAUAAAGAGGUACCCAUCAUCCCAGUGCCUGGGGAUUGAAGCCUUCACAUGUGAUGAGGAGAGAUGUUUAGUGGUGGCCAAAUUGUUUGCAAAGAAGAUGUGCCCCAAGAUGCUCCCCUCAGCAGCAGACGUCGACAAGGCUGAAGAUUCAGGCAGCAAUGGAUCUGUGGACUUGAACCUGGCAAUCCUAGAGACCGCUAACCCUGUCAAAGUGGUAGACAUCACAACACCCCUGACCACUAAUCCAGUCAACCUUGAGGUUUUGGAUGAAACACUUGUCCUUCAGUCAGGCUUUGUCCCGGCACCCUGCAUUCCACCCCCAGGCUUUUCCCCAGCACCCUGCAUUCCACCCCCAGGAUUUUCCCCAGCACCCUGCAUUCCACCCUCAGGCUUUCCCCUGACAUCCUGCACCGCAUCGCCAAGCUUCGCCGCUAAUGCCAUGCAGGGCUUUGGCACGAAAAUCAUCCUGAAACAAAUGGUCCUGCUAUUCUUGGAGAGGCACCCUCCUAUAUCAGACGACCUUGAGUCAGAGUUCCUCACUAUUGCCGAUCAUAUCUGCACGCUGUUUCAAAGCAUCACUGACAGAUUCGGCAACAUCGUUAAUGAGGAGCUGGAGAAGUGUACCGACUCUGACAGUAAGCAGUACUGGGCUUACACCUUAGACUGGGAGUACAUGAAGAGGUGCCCAUCAUCCCAGUGCCUGGGGAUUGAAGCCUUCACAUGUGAUGAGGAGAGAUGUUUAGUGUUGGCCACCUUGUUUGCAAAGAAAUUGUACCCCAAGAUGUUCCUCUCAGCAGCAGACGUCGACAAGGCUGAAGAUUCAGGGAGCAAUGGAGUAAGCAAGGGUUAUUAA